AUGCUUCUUGGCUCCGUGCCCAGUCUCACCACACAUCAUGCCCUGGAGGAGACCCCCAUGCUGGGGCGUCUGGGGCCCCAGGACGUGAACGUGCUCGUUGUGGACGACGACGACACCUCUCGAACCAUAGUCUCCGCUGUGCUGAGGGGCUGCAGCUAUCGGGUGAGGACGGCCGGGAGUGGAGCAGAGGCCAUCGAGCUUCUGCAGAAUGAGGCGCCCGACACCUUCCACCUGGUCCUCUCGGAUGUUCGCAUGCCGGAGAUCACCGGGCUGGACCUGCUGUCCUUCAUGCAGCAGGACGCCACCCUGUGCAGCAUGCCCGUCAUCCUGAUGUCGGGCAUGGAGACGGAGGGGCUGGUGCAUGCCGCGGUGGCGUCCGGCGCGGACGAGUACCUGUCUAAGCCCGUGACGCGCAAGGAGGCCGCGUUGAUGUGGCAGCACGUGCUACGCCGGCGCGCGGGCGGGCGGCCACGCGUCCCCAGCCAGGGCACCGCCUCCUCCAGCCUGCCCAGCGCGGUGGGGCUGGACGCCAGCGGCAACGGGGUGGUGUCCUCCGUCAGCCCGCCGCAGGAGCCGGCGGCCGGCUCGACGCAGGGCUUGCUGGCAGACCCCCUGCCCAGCACCGUCUUCAAGUACUGCGAUGCGGGGCAGCACCCGACCCUCGGCGCGGCGGCCUCCCUGAGCUCCAUCCCCCGGCGCCCCAGCGACGCCAGCCAGGCGAUGGUGGACGUCGGGUCCGCGGCCGCCCGCGCCGCACCCCCGCUGCCGUUCGCCGCCGGCGCCCGGCGCGGCGCGCCCACCGCGACCAAGGGCGACGUCCUGGAGGUGCUGUGCGCGCUGCGGCGGACGCAACGUGCCGCCGCUGGCCGGCUGCGGCGCCGGCUGGAAACAGUGGCCAGGGACCUGGAGGCGGCAAAGGAGGAGGCCGGCAGGAGGUGGCCCCAGGCCGGGGAGGAGGACGCCAUGCAGACGGCGGCCCCGCCUGCCAAGCGCCGGGCCGUGCAGGCCUCUGAUGCACGGCCAGGAGCGGGGGGUGAUCGAGUGGUGCCGGGGAGUGAGAUCGUCGACCAGGCCAUGGAGCAACUUCAAGACCUGUACUUCCAGGACGUCGCCAAAGCUGAUAUCGCAGGCAGCCACAGCGAGGACCUGAGCAAGUUUGCACAAGACCUCGCGGAACUCACCCGCUGCUCGAACCUGGAGCCCGUAGCCACACUGAACAGCGGGCAUCUCGGAGGCACGGCCGAAGUGAUAUGCGCGGCGGCUUUCGAUGCCUACGAGGAGCACUUUGCCUCUGUGGGGGUGUCCCGUGUGAUCCGGGUGUACGACUUCCACGCCCUCCUGGCCAACCCCAGCGCCCUGCAGUACCCCAUCCUCCAGCUGCACACCCGGUCGCGCCUUAGCAGCCUGUCCUGGAACAGCUACCUGCCUGGUCGCCUGCUCACCGCCGACUUUGACGGCGGGGUGCAGCUGUGGGACGUGGGCACCGGCGCCGACCUGAACUUCUUCGAGGAGCACAGCCGGCGCGUGUGGAGCGUGGACUUCAGCCGCACCGACCCCUCCCGCUUUGCCACCGCGGGGGACGACGCCUGUGUGCGGCUGUGGAGCACGGGCGACGAGACCAGCGUGGCCACCAUCAACGUCCCCGCCCCCGCCUGCUGCAUUGAGCACCGGCCGGACGACAACACCCAGAUCGCGGUGGGGUGCGCCGACGAGCGCGCCUACAUCUACGACCUGCGUGCCACGCAGGCCCCCCUUGCCGUCCUGCGCGGCGCUAGCCGUGCCGUGUCCUACGUGCGCUGGUCCGGCCCGGACCGGCUGCUGGCUGCCUCCACCGACUCGGCGGUACGCCUGUGGCAGGACCCGGGCGGCGCGGGCGCCGACGCCGCUGCGCAGCGGCCUGCGGCCGUGUACCGGGGCCACGCCAACCAGCGGGGUUUUGUGGGCCUAGACGCGCGGCCCGACGGCCGCUUCGUCGUGGGCUCAGAGACCAACGCAGUGUAUGCCUUCAGCCGCGGCCUGCCCUUCCACACGGCCUGCCACAGCCUGGAGGGCGGGGACGCUCCCGGCCAGCGCACGGCCUUCACCACCAGCGUGGCCCUGGCGCGGCGCAGCCGGCACUGCCUGGUGGCCAACAGCCGCGGCGUGCUCCAGGUGCUGCUGCAGAGCUGA